UUUUCGCGACCUCUGCCAUACCAAAGACUAUCAAAUCAGUAAAACGGGGAGGUCCACGGAACUUACACCAAGCGGUCUAUGAUCGGCAAAGAGCCUGGUGCCCUGCGGAGUCUGCAAAAGUGGUCUCCUCCCCCGCAUUCAAGAGUUCCGCAUCCACGUCCGAGCUCGAAAGGCGAGUGCUUACGCUACAAAAUAUGCAAGUACCAUCAGAUGUCCCGGAAGCAACUUCGGAGUCUGUCGCGCGCUCUCUCUCUUACACGGAUGAGGAGCUAUCCUCCAUCUCUCUGAAGAAGACAGGGAUACACCUGCCAUAAUUGAAGUAAGAGAACGGGUGCAAAUUUACAUGCGCGAUGGAGAUUUUUCUAGUGCGGAAAGGGCAGUAGAGUCUUUGAAGCUUUCUGGUGUCACACCACCUGAAGACAUCAUCAACAUCAUGCUUAGACAUCACGCACUGCACGGAAAUAUAGAACGAUUGGAAGGAUUCAUGGUAAAUAUCUUAACCGGCAAACCUUCCGAGACUCAACGAGAUCUGCACAUCAAGGCCUACCUGCGUGACCCGGCCGUCUUUGCGUCGCGCGCAUUUCCCACUCGUGCCAUCGACCUUCUGCACAAGUAUGAGGCUUCUGGGCUCCAUGCUCCCAUGAAGUCUUAUACGCGUAUCAUAUCUUCGCUAUUAUCUGUCCGCCCCUCCCCUUCACCUCCUUCGAUAUCCUCAACACCGGACGUACCGUUGGGACGACUGGCGGCAAAUUCACAAGCUUGGGACCUUUUCGCUCACAUGCGCUACGUGGCGCACCCGACACCAGAUGCUCAUCUCUACGCGGUAAUGAUCCGUACCUGUGCUUUGACUCCUUUAGCUCCCGAACCUGAGCGUGCCCUAGACCUGUGGACUGAGAUGCUCGAUGCGGGGAUUGUGCCGACCCUUGGGGCAUACGACGCAAUCAUCCGCGUUUGUGCGAAGGCUGGAGGAGAAUGGGUCUCUGAAGCCAUCCGGUUUGCACGGCAAAUGCGCGACCGCUUUGGAGGCAGUUCUUCUGAAGUCGGUGGUGGGGACCUUCAAGGGGUUGGUGGGCUGCGUACUUGGACGGCUCUGCUGGAUGGCUGUAAGCGCGUGGGCGAUUUGGGGCGGGCUAGAUGGAUCCUGGCAGAAGCUGUAAGAGCUGAGGGUUUAAAUGAGGAGAUGAUGCAACACAUGUUCCACGCUUAUGCCGCGUAUAGACCCCCAUUCAAAAGGGGUGCAACCAGGAUCUUGGACGACGGUGCGGUUGUAGCACGAGCACCAGCUGCUCCUCCAAAACAAGACGGAUUGCUAGCAAGCGCUACUGACUGCUCAUCAGACUUGCCUUCAGAUUGCGAUACAGUCCCGACCGAUUUCUCGCAUAUGGGUACCAUGCCUUCCUUUUCACACCUCCCGCCCCAAUCAUCAGGCGAGGUCAUUGCAGAGGCUCGGGCUCUCUUCCAAAGAAUUCUUCAAGAUACCAACCCUACCUCUCAUUCAUCCCCUAACAUGCCUCUUGGCCCUCUCGCUGGAAAAUUCAAUGUCAGACUCACACCACGCCUCUUCAAUGCGUACAUGUCCGUGUAUUACUCGCAUGCGAGUCUCGAAAGUGCGCGUGAUGUAUUUGAGAGGCUGUUUUCUUCUUUUGGCGUUGGCCUUAUGGGUGAUUCACGCACUUAUGUCGACGCACUCGAGAAGUGUGCACUUGCAAGGCCGCGUGAACGUGACAUUGCAGGAAAAUGGGUUGAUGAGUUAUGGGCGCGCUGGGAAGAGCUUGAGCGCAAGUGGGUCGAUGGGUUCACAGAGACGACAGUGACUGCCAGGCUGGUCGAGAGAGCGCACACUAAUGUCAGAAGAGUUCACCUUUUAAAUGGUGAUGUUGAUCGUGCAAUUGCACUAAUCCGCAUGUUUAUAUCGCGGUAUCCUCCGACCGCGCUACUACCUCUAGCCCGCAAUCCAUCGUCUGCUCAUAUAGAUGCUCCCAGUCAAGAUGCCAUUAAAAAACGUACAAUCACCCUCUUUGCGAAACCACCCAUCCUCUCGACACGUACAGUUCUCAGUAAUUCAUCCGCUACGCCUCGCCCCCUUGUGCGCCUCACAUCAGCCAUUGGUACACCUGACGAGCGUGUCCCACCCUUGUUAAGUUUUUCGGAUGUGGAAUUGCUACAUGCUCGUUUGGUAGAGCAGGGUAGGGGCAAAGAGGUGGGAUUUCUCAAGUGGGCAUGUAAGGCGUAUGAGGGAGCACUGAGAACUCGUAGGGAAGCUGUUCUUGGAGCGCGGGUUCCGGUUGGGGAGGAUGUUCGAUGAGAGGUGACUAUCGUCCCUAGUAUAUCUAAGUGAAUUAAUUGCGGUUCUAAUUAGGGAGAGCAGUUCGAGUUGCAGAUACCGAUGGGCCGACUGCCUCGUGCAUUACAGAUAUGAUACCUUCCUACCGAUUUUCAGAAGUCACACACAGUUACGACAUUCAUGCAUUAUGAUGAUCCAAACAGUCGAUGGAGGUCACAAAUGAGGAUCGCUU